AUGAAUAAAGAAAAUUUUCGCUUCUACAUUAAAGUGCGUACUGCACUUAAUAUUCAAGCCAAAGAUAUUCACGAAGAACUAUGUUUUGUUUGUGGUGAUGAAACGCCUUCUCUGAAGACUAUUGAAGAAUGGUCUACAUGUUUUCGUGAAAAUCGAGAAGAAGCUGAAGACGAAGUACGAUCUGAUAGUCUUGUUAUUGAAACAACAUCUGAAAAUAUUGAACAACAAUUAAAAGAACAACAGAAACGAAAUGAAGAAAUACGAGAUAUGCCUCAAUUAAUUCGUGAUUUUCUUGAUCCAGCUGAAUUUUAUCAACAAAUAAAAACAAUCUGUGGUAUUAACUUUUUUUGUGGUGUACCAGAUUCUUUACUCAAAGAUUUUUGUGCGUACGUAACAAAAAAUGUUCCGUCUAGCCAUCAUAUUAUUACUGCCAAUGAAGGAUCUGCUAUUGGUCUUGCUUGUGGUUCAUAUAUGGCAACAGGACAACCUUCAUUAGUCUAUUUACAAAAUUCUGGUUUGGGCAAUAUUAUUAAUCCUAUUAUAUCUCUUGCAACACCAAGUAUUUAUGGUUUACCAAUGUUGUUACUAAUAGGUUGGCGUGGUGAACCAGGUAAACCAGAUGAACCACAACAUCGUGUUCAGGGACCUGCAACACCUAGUCUUCUUGGUGAGAAAAUAUUAUUUAUUAAAACUUUAAAUACAAUAUGUAUUUUUUUAGCUGCACUCGGUAUUCCUUUUCAAUCAUUACCGAAUAAUCAUGAUGAUGCUGGUCAAGCACUUGAAACAGCUAAACAUUAUAUGAAAACAGUAAAAGGUCCUUAUGCAUUACUUGUUAAACGAGAAACAUUUUUACCAUAUACA